AUGCCGUCGCGCCAUGGCAGCAGCCUCCUGUCAGUCAGAACGGAGGACAAACCUCUUACCCCCGAGGAACGUCUUGGUCUAAUCAGCACUCUCUUCACCUCCAUUGUGUGCGACUACCUAGGCCAGGAGUUGGGGGUUCACCGAGUGCCUGUGAGCUGCGGUGGGCUGGCCUACAUGUGGAAGAAAGUGAGAGAACAGCUGGAGGAUCUGCGCUCUCGCGGCAGCUGGCUUCCGGCGCCAGCUGUUAAGAGCAUCAACGGUCGUCGCGAUCGAAAGGCGAAGCAUGCAGAGUUCUGGUUAGUUUCCAGUCGAUUUGAGGUGGAGCCCGAACUACUGGCAGUGGAACCAAUUCAGCGCUAUCUGAGAAUAAGUUCUGGCAGAAAGACAAGAAUGCGAUUAGAUGUGGCAGCCGAGACUGGAUCUGUCGGCUCCAGUGAUUCAGCCAGGAAGACUCAGGCUCAAUCAAGUAAAUUCCGGGUAAACAAGCGUAUAUUUUUUUGUCUGAGACAUUUACCGCUCGUGAUAACUAAUGGCAGGAGGCGCUCACCGAUCGGUCUUAUUGAACUCACUCGCUCCGUCGUGUCUUACGGGCUCUCUCUCGAGCCCAACCAGCAGCCGCACAGCGGCUGUCGGUAAUAACAUCCUGCCUAUAUCAUGCGCCGCUGUGCGGCUGCUGGUUGGGCUCGAGAGAGAGAGCCUGUAAGGCACAACGGAACAAGUAAGUUCUGUAAGAACGAUCGGUGAGCGUCCCCUAUCAUUGUAUAUUCCCGAUCGAAAUCGACAUCACAACGGGCUCGUGGCCCAGUGGUUAGAGGCGUGGACUUCUAACAAACAGUUCGCGAGUUCGAGCUUCGGGUGUGCCACACUUCGGGGUUGGGUAUGACUGGCUGACGACGGCUAAUAAGCCAGGAAUGGCUAUUCCAGUCUCCCUUGUCUUUGUCGGUAAUAACAUUCAUGAUAAUUAAGCCAAACUGGGCAAAUAGUCGACUUCAGGAAUUAAGAUUCGUGACGUAGAAGACUGCCAGCUGACGGGAUUAUUCGAUCCUUCUAAGGGAUGGGAGUCGAGUUGCAACGGCUUUUUUAAUGAGGGCUUUAUGGCACUCACUGGUGUGUGAUCCAAGCCAUCCCAUGAAAGUUUGGUAUUCGUUGUGGGACCAGAGAUCGGUGAGAUGUGGUUUGGUAGCCACACCUGAUGGACAGAAUACUGUUGGUGCUGGGGUUAGGGUUUAGGGUAUGGGGCUAGGACAAUUAGUUCUCAACCACUCACAUUACAACCGCGCAUUCCUAAUAGCUUUUCUUCUGCAUACAAUUCCUUGACCUCGUCGCCCGUGCGUUCCCCGACCCCAUUAUUAAAAAGCUCUAUUACCACCGGUCUCGUAUUACAGGUGACUGGGGUUUGUUUACAUCAGGUGGGGCUACAUAACCACAUCUGACCACCAGAGGUCGUCUGUGAUAGGCGUCAGCCACUGCACCUAGCAGUGUUUUGCUACAAACGAGUGUGGGAAGAAGUUAAAGGUGGGGUGAGGAAGAUGCGGUGAAAGUCUGUCCCACUGAAACCUAAUCACCCUUCUGCGUCCACUCUAUGGGACAUACGGUAGACAUCCUCGCUUGCGAUGAUUGGACUAUCAUGAGUGCAAAGUGUGUGUUCGGAACCCAGCGAACAUUGGCCGAAAAGCUGUAAUAUGUCCUUAAGUGGAUGGGAUCAUUUGACCAAAGUCACUAUGUUCACUAGCACUGAGUGUAAUUCCACAUUACUUAGUAAAAGGUCGCAUGUUGGUUUUCGGAAGCGCCUGUUUUGCCACCUGUGUAAAUUUCUACUUAAGUGGACCGCGUCGUUUUAUUGCUUUUCGCUGUUUGUAAAAAUUCAACCUCACUUUCAAGAGGUAUAUUUAAGAAAAUUUGUUUAUAACUACUGUAUAGGUGAUUGUGUCUCCCUCAAAAUUUGGUGAACGAGGGAAGGCAGUAAUUGAGUUCCUCAGAAAAAAACAAGCCGCAUCCUCCUUAUUUCUAAUGGCUAGUCAGCUGUUCGCUGUUCAUCAUAUAUAUAUAUAUAGUGUAUUUUUGUAUUGCAGUCGGAAAGCUCUCUGGCUUCCCUAAAACAUCGCAGGAGUUACAGACCCCGUCGUAUACUUGUCAGCAACCUUAGAAAACUUGAGGAUAGUCGGCUACCAAAUGGCUAGGAGAAACAUGGCUCUAUUGGAGAGCAGGGUCUUCUUAAUCUCCCUUAUUGAUACAAACCAUGGUCAGAAUUGCUUUCUCCUGUGGACAGCAUUAAAUCAAAUUUCCUGCAGUCGAGCUGGGUGGUAUGGCCGAUAACGAAAUUUCCUUAGUGCCCUGUGGACGGCACUUGUACUUUACGCUCGCGUAUUUGCUACUUAUUUUUAUUAAGUAGUUCGUAUUACAGUGCUUGAACGAUUUAUGCAAUUGGGAUCGAGGUAAGUACCUAAUUCAGGGGGGUAAGGGGGAGGAGCUGAUAAUACUCAACCUUAACAGGUGUCGUCUUUGACCAAGUCACUGAACGUUCCCUUUUGGGCUGCCUCGUAGUUAACUGCCACAUAAUUACUCACGUCAUCAGUUGAAGUGCAUGAUCUACCGUCCGUCGCUUAAUCACGAGUAGUGCCUGUUUGCAAAGAUUUGCAGUUUCUGUUCCGUCUAGAUGUCUCUGACUAAACUCGCAUGAGACAGCAUCAGACUUCAGACCCCUGAUCUCACCAAUCCGAUCACCUCAUCAUGGUUGAUUUCGUUCUGUUAGCCACUCCACAGGACGCUGUUGUCCAACUCCAUCCCGAUAAGCUGUAACUCGCAGGCGGACACCGAAAAUUGGCUGGCGAUCUCCCUAUCGAUCCACGUAGCGACGACGCGAUGCUCCAGUCGAGCUGGCUAGUAGUCAGGAGUCACCCCAGCGAACUGAAUCGAUCUUGCGGACACACGUGCCAUAGGCUUACGGGGAGAGAUGGUAAGCACUGCAUAAAGAGCCUUAUGUCAUGGUGUAGCGAAGCGGCAUAAAUUCAACGACAGCAUGCAGGAACAGGGACUCUCAGUGGCUGGGAAAUCUUGCGCUUAUUUCCAAGGGGGGGGGGUAGGAUUAUUGUUAAGGUUAGGGUUGGUGUUAAGGCGGGGUUAGGAUUAACGUCGAAGUUGGAGUAAUAACACGGGAAUAUCUACUCUUCCGGGAAUUUUGCGAAAGGCAAUCUGGCAACGAUCGGUGAAGGAUCCCAAACACACACGACCAGCCAAAGGUGCCUGUCUUACGGGAAAGGUAGUAAUAGGGGUUUUACUGGUGGGGCCUAUGUACGCACAGAGGAAUGGCAAAAUAGGUAUGGAUAAUUGGUAAAUUCGUUUUUCGGGCGGAAACGUUUUGGUGCAUUGACAUAUAGCAAACUAACCUAAGCAGGACAAUAAAAAAUAUACAUUAUGUGUUUACGGCGAUCGCUUCUCAGCUCUCUGAGCUGAGUUUAUUGUAGAUAAUGCGCCAGACUGUCUACAAUGAUUUCCUCUCAACACUCCGAGCUGAGUUGAUUGUAGAUAAUGCACCAGACCAUCUACAACGGACGACACAAACUUGUAUGAUGAAACACCAAACCGAAACAAUCGUGUCAGACUAAAACUCCCCUAAAUAAGUUCGGUAGGUAUUCUUUGUAUGUCACAUAUGCUUGGAGUCCUUCGCCCGAUUCUUACCGGCAAUCUGUAUCACCGGAGGGGCUCAUAUUUCCGGAACCUACCUAUUGAAGAUCCCUGAUAGGGGACUGUGAUGCCGCUUAAUCGUCAGCUUCAAACUACAUCAGGCACAUCUGGUAUCGCAGGUGCGGUUCUGGUGCAGUUAUUUAUCGCUAUUUUCCUUCACCACAUCCAAUGAAGUGAUGAGAGAGGGAGGACUUAUGGAUCUCAAAGCUGGCCUUGCUGAGAAGACGACUCUAGGUCUAAUUUUCGAAAUGUCAGAUGUUAGCCGUUUCUUGAGCUUUGACAAACGUUUUUGCAUCCCACAGUUUUCAGCUGCUGCCGGGCAGAGGAUGAUGAAACAGAACGUCCCGGCAAGGUCCAGUGCUGCCUCAACAGAGGACUUCACUGAAGCCUUCGAUGAGGCACAAAUUUUUGCUUCACCCGGCAAACGAAGAGGCGUCUCCAUCACCGAGACCCUGGUGAAGAACCUCCUGCUAGACGAGGUCCAAUCAAAAGACCCCGAUGCCAUACUGUCACGCAAACUUGAACGCCAACGACGUCAAUUUCACCUGCCCUCAGCGACUGCUAUGAUGAAAAAGGCCGCAGAGGAGUUUGUUCCCGAGAGCCCGAUACCGUUGCAUAGACUGACUCGUGAAGUUAUCAAGAAAAUCCCCGUGGACCACUCCAAUGACUCAGACUACGAGUCUCCCGACCUCUCCGAUGGUGGGGUCGAUUCCGACACUGUGGAGGCAAUCACGGAGGCCACACUUAUCAAUACACCCGGUCUGGACACUGUUCUACUCAGAAAAUGCCACACCAACCUGCCACCCCACCGCGAAGUGAUUCCUUGCGUUGCCGGCGUCAACGACCUGCCCUCGGUGCAAGAACAGAAGAAGACGCGCAACCGGGAGGCCCGCUUCACACUCGCACCGCGCUGUAAAAAACUGCGAGAGGACUACCAGAGGUACAUGCUGCAGACGAUAGUUCCCGUCACUCUCGGUGGCCAACCCAAGGAGUCCUCCAGCGAAGUCAGCCUGUCUGAGCUCUCAGAGGCUUCAUUCAUUGAACGCAUCAACUCCGACCUGCCCAGUGAGUCAGUAAUAAAGAGUGAAAUAUUCAGCGACUUCCUAAAACAGACCAACAACUCCUCCGCGGCUGCCGCAGCCGCGGUUUUGAGCAGGCAGAGUAGGGUUAUGCGCAGGUCGACAUUCCGAUGCUCAUCUGCCGCUCUUGGUCUCUCCGAACUCGAGGGUCUUCCGCGCCUCCGGAAACCCACCAUAGAUCAGACGCAGAAGGUGGCUGGAAUGGGCCCAGUCACCAGUCUCCUCUUCCUGCCCCAGCCGCGGGAUCAGGCAAAGAACGUGCUCAAGGCGGUGGGUCAAUUGUUGGAGAAGGAUGAACCCUGUCUGCUCAGUCUCAUGUCCAAGAUCGCGAUGAGCGCUCUGCCGAACGAGGCCUGGUUGAAGCAGAGGGACGAGGACCUGGUGGGCAUGGCUGUCAGUCAACUGGCCUUUGAUAUGCUCGCCUACAGACACGUGCCGGGACACUGCAUCCGCUUCAAGAUGCUAGCGGUUCUGGAGACCUCCAAGAGGAAUCCUGUGUUGCACAACCAACUUUGCCACUUGGCGGCACAACAGGGCAACUGGCUGGAUCAGCUGUUGCGCUCCUGCAGUAGCGUCUUCGUCUCCUGUCGCCUGGAGGCGGCAAUUACCCUGAUCGCCGUGGUCAGCAACAAUAAGCUGAUGAAGGCUAUCGGCAACAUGGGUUCGCCGCCUCUCAUCUAUGACAUUAUGGCCACCCUGAUAAGGGCAGCGGAUGCCUUCGAUGACAGUUUUCCGGCCUUCUUUGUCGUCAUGGCAUUUAUCCUGCACUGUCACCAGAAACAGGUGCUGCUUCGCUGUGUCCUCGAUCGCGGUCCACAGGUACGUUCGCUUUCGAUAACCCGACAUUGGCCACGUUUGAUCGCCUUCAUGUACACUUUCUGGGACCAUUUGAAGGUGGUGGAGUUCAAGAUAAGUGAACACCGUCUACUGAGUAUCCUCGAUUCCGCCUGGCAGAAUCCCCUCUCAAGAACUGCAGCCAAGGAGGCCAUGAAAGCUAUCCGGAGGUACACUGAACGUAGACCCCAGUUAGCUGCCAUCUGGCCGAUUGCGGAUGCCACGAUGCCGACGAUAAGUUAG